AUGACCGAACUCGAGGCCGAAGACGACCGCUCGGUCGAGGUUUCCUCGAUUGUCGCCAUCUUCCCCGAAAUUCAAAUCGAUCCUUCCUCGCCGUUCACUUUCGUCUUGGAUCUUCCUGUCACUCCUUCCGUCCCGACUGCGAUAUGUUUCCAACCACCGCGCGAGGCCCCUCUCGCUGGCACCAUCACCCCACCGACCUCCCUAGACGAGUUCAAGGGAGAGCUCGAUCAGCCGCCAAUUAAGGACAUCCAUGUUCUCUCGCAUCUGCCUCCGCUCAAUCUCGAAAUUGAAUUGCCACAAGGCUAUCCGACCGAAAAACCGCCUAUCGUUCAUCUGAGCACUAUUCCCGCAUGGUUACCGCCCUCCGUCAUCGACCAAUUGACCAACGAUUGCCACCGGCUCUGGGAAGAAUGUGGAAAUGAUCUCGUUAUCUUCACCUACAUCGUUCAUCUCCAGCAGCUGGCGGAAUCGACUUUCAACAUCCAGGAUGUCUCUGGGGAGGUGUCCUUAUCACGAGAUCUCAAGGUUGGACUACUGGACUACAACAAGAAAGCCGAGCAGGAAAAGUUCGCACAGGGGACUUUUGAAUGUGGUGUGUGCCUUGAGCCGAAAAAGGGUAGCGUUUGCUAUCGAUUGCUUCGCUGCUCUCACGUGUUCUGUAUCCAAUGCUUGCAGGAUUUCUACAACUGCUGCAUCACCGAGGGUAAUGUUGACGCUGUGAAGUGCAUGGCUCCGGAUUGCGACUACAAUAAGAGACCUGCAGCUGCACCGGGCGGUAGCGAGACCCCGCCUCGCAAAAGGCGCGACCGUACCCUUGGACCCAGUGAGCUCCUUCAGAUCCCUCUAGCCACUGAAACGGUCCAGCGAUAUGUUUAUCUCAAGCGGAAGAAGAAGAUUGAAUCCGACAAAACUACGGUCUACUGUCCCCGACAAUGGUGUCAGGGAGCGGCGCGAUCUAAGCGCCACCCCAAACCAGAGGAUCCGAUGUCGGAUGAUUUGAAUAGCUCUGACGAGGAAGAUGCGUCCGAGGCUCGCAACGAAAAUGAUACUGAGGAGCUUCCUCCCAUGGCCGAGCGGGUGGCUAUUUGCGAAGACUGCAACUAUGCCUUUUGCUCUGUCUGCAGGAAAGGAUGGCAUGGUGAAUUGGUUCGUUGCUUUCCACGUCGCCGUGAUGGUGAGCCAACAGAGGAGGAAAAGGCCACCGAAGAGUAUUUGCGGCUAUAUACGACUGCUUGCCCUACUUGCAACGUGCCCUGCCAGAAGCAAAUGGGAUGCAACCACAUGCGUUGCUUCCAGUGCGAUACGCACUUCUGCUACCUUUGCUCUGCUUGGCUAUGCCCAGAUAAUCCGUACAUGCAUUUCAACGACCCCAAUGGCAAAUGUUACAACCGUCUUUGGGAUCUAGAAGGUGGUGAUGGCAUCAAUCCAGACGGUGCCGAAGCACUUCACCGUAUCCCAGAGGCACUCUUGCAUUUUGAUGAUGACCCUCCAGUGGUGGCUAUUCACGAAGAAACCGAUGACAGCGAUGACGACCACCCUGCAUUUGAAUUUGAUAACGAUGAUGACGACCUCCACCACCGACACCCUCCUCCUCCUGCCCCUGUGCCGCCCCAGGUCAACCGCGGUGGCGGCAGAGCUGGUCAGCGUGAUCAUGCUGCGGCUCGUGCUGCGGCGGCAGAGCGCCAAGCUCAGGCUCGUGCUAUGGCCGAGGUACGGAACCGGGAUGUGAGACGACAGGCGAGACCCCCAAUUCGAUGGGCAGAUAUUCCUCCUCGCCCUCUCCCUCCACAGGCAGGCGAUCCGAGACGUCCUGUCCGAUGGAUUGAUGUUCCACCGGAGCCAUUGGGAGAUGAAGAUGGUCCUAUUCGAUGGGAGGCGAUCGCAAUACGACCAGAUAGAGCACAGGCACACCCUGGUCUUCAACGAUUUCUGGAUCUAGUACAAAAUGACCGCGAAGAUGAAUGGGACAGUGAUGAAAUGGAGGACGAUUUCUAG